AUGAAGGAUAAUGGGAUUUGUUAAAUGCUAAUUCCUUUUGAGACUAUCCUUACUUUUUAUUCAAUUAAUGUGGAUUGAAACAGGGAUUUAGUUCUACUUUCCGCUCACAACUUAAUUUGGUUGCACAGAGUUACAGCGGUAAUCAUGAAGAUGGCCGAUACAUCAAGCAUCUUAAGGCGAAAUCGUCCAGGGACUAAAAGCCAGAAUUUUUGCAACUGGCCUGAAGAACCUUUUGAAGAAAUGGAUAGCACAUUGGCUGUUCAACAGUUCAUUCAGCAAACUAUUAGAAAAAAUCCUUCAAAUGUGGACGAAAUAUUAACCCCGCCUGAUGGACAAGAUGAAGGUGUAUGGAAAUAUGAGCACCUAAGGCAAUUCUGUAUGGAACUGAAUGGUUUAGCUGUUAAAUUGCAGAAUGAAUGUAAUUCUGAGACUUGUACUCAAAUGACUGCAACAGAACAAUGGAUAUUUCUAUGUGCUGCUCAUAAAACUCCUAAAGAAUGUCCUGCCAUAGAUUACACAAGGCACACAUUAGAUGGAGCAGCAUGUCUGCUGAAUAGUAAUAAAUAUUUCCCUAGCAGGGUAAGCAUAAAAGAUUCAUCUGUAGCUAAAUUAGGUUCUGUUUGUAGAAGAGUGUACAGAAUAUUUUCUCAUGCUUAUUUUCAUCACAGAGCAGUAUUUGAUGACUUUGAAAAUGAAACAUUUCUGUGUCGCCGAUUUACAGUUUUUGUCACAAAGUACAACUUGAUGUCUAAAGAUAAUCUCAUUGUACCUAUGCUAGGAGAAGAAUCAAAUUCUACCGAAAGUGAAGCAUAAAAAAAAAUAGAUUUGCUUUAGUCUCAUAUCAGAUGUGUAUAAUUUGAAAGAAAGUGGGAAUGGUUUAUACCAUUGGACUACACCAUCUUUAGUAAAGUUUUAUUUAUAAUGUGUAUACUGUAUCAUUGUUAGAUAAUUAGAUUUAUUUUUAUUUAUGCUUCAUUGAAAUUGUAGCUUCCUAAUGUUUUUGUUUAUUUAUAAAUCUCGACUAUUCUA